CUUUUCUGGCCACAGGGCCACCACCUCAACUGUAAAUGCCGAGCCUUUCGGAGUUUGUUCACUGUGCGCUCGGUUGACUUCGGCGCCAUGUCCAAAUCAGAUUGAAUUUGAUUCAGUUGUAAUCAACUGGAAAAUGGGAAUAUUGUCGACGCUGCCGAGUAGGGGAUGUCUCUCUCACAAGUUUACUCUCUCUCGGGUCAUGGAAACUGACCUUAAAAGAAUGCGUGGUGAGUCAUAAAUGAAAAUAUACGUCACCCUUCGUUCUAAAACGGUUCCAUUGGGAGACAAUACAGAAGAAACAAGACGUUGGUCCCAGCGAGAACACGGUGCGAAGCAAGCGGAACUUCUUGAAGUCACGUUCAUGAACCCAAAAACUGACCCAUAAGUGAGCUGAGGGUGUUGGGGUUGAAGUCUCUCUACUGCGAAUGAUGUCGUCCAAGCGAGCCACACCUCCGUUUCCCCCGGCGACAGAGGAAGAGGAAGCGAUAGGUCAGGACAGUGUGGGCUGGGCCAAUGAGGACAGAGAAAGCCAUGACCAGCCAGUUACGCCCCCUCUGCACGGCAAACCCCUCCCAGAGGUGCACCAGCCAAUCAGAGACAGCCAGCCUGAGUCGGACUGGGAGAGUAUAGGCCCUACUCAGACAGACAAUGCUAGUAGCAAGGGCUGUUCCUUGAACUCCUACCGGAAUAACUCUAUAUCUCCACCAAAGCCUGAGGAGUGUCCCCAGGAUUGCGGCGAGCUGCUAGGCGGAUCCGCCUUCAGAACACCGGAACGCCGUAAAGGAAGCCUGGCCGACGUGGUGGACACACUGAAACAGAAGAAACUAGUAGAGCUGACAAAGACAGAACAGGAUGAGUCUACCUGUGCGGAGACACUUCUGUCCAGGGACUGGAAAGACAGGAGGGACAGACUGAAUGCCAGCGAGCUCCUAGGAGAGGUCAAAGGUACCCCAGAGAGUUUGGAGGAGAAGGAGCGUCAGCUUUCGACCAUGAUUGGCCAGCUCAUCAGCCUGCGGGAGCAGCUCCUGGCGGCCCACGACGAGCAGAAGAAGAUGGCCGUCUCACAGAUGGAGAAGCAGAGGCAGCAAAUGGAGCUGGCCCGUCAGCAGCAGGACCAGAUUACGACACAGCAGCAGCAGCUCCUGCAGCAGCAGCAUAAGAUCAACGUUCUCCAGCAACAGAUACAGGUGCAGGGUCACAUGCCUCCUCUGAUGAUCCCAGUGUUUCCUCACCUCCUCGACCAGCGAUCUCUCUGUCUCUCUCCCUCCUCACUGUUUCAGGGCUUCUGUUUCUUCCCACCUCUCAUGUCCUACCCUCCAGGUGAUAACUACCCCAUGCAGUUCAUUCCAUCCACAAUGGCAGCUGCAGCCGCUUCAGGACUGAGCCCACUCCAUCAGCAGCUGUAUGCUGCCCAGCUGGCCAGCAUGCAGAUCUCGCCCGGAGCCAAAAUGGCCUCCCUGCCGCAGCCUCAAAACUCCUCAGGCCCCCUCUCGCCCUCUGCCUUGAAGAGUAAGAAGAGAGCGUCGAGUCCUGUCACUCACAUUAAGGAGGAAGGAUCGACACAGCCCCUGAAUCUCUCAGCCCGACCCAAGACUGGCGAGCCCCACCACUCCCCAUCCUCGCCGUCACACAGCCUGUACCCUGGCAACACGAGCAGGCCCAUCAGCAUGGGGAAGAGGCGCAUCCCCAGCCCCCUCUCCAACAUGGGCAGGGGCUCACUGGACAUCCUGUCUAGCCUGAACCCCACGCCACUGUUUGGGGACCAGGAUGCGGUGAUGAGCGCCAUCCAGGAGGCGAGGAAGAUGAGGGAGCAGAUCCAGAGAGAACAGCUUCAUCUCCAGCAGCAAAGCCUGGAGGCCAAGCUCACGGCCCUGAGCGGCAUGAGUUUCAGCAAUGGCAGCAAGGAGCGGAUGCACUUUGAGAGUUUGAGUCAGCACCUGGGAAACCUGGGAGAGGAUGGAAAGACGGGCCACAGGGUCAUUGACCUCACCAGACAUGAGGAUGCUCAUAGUGUCUCCUGCACUACAGAGGCCCGGGUCUUCAGAGAGACCAGGGGCAGGAACAGUACUGAGCCCCACAUUAAGAGACCCAUGAAUGCCUUCAUGGUGUGGGCCAAGGACGAGAGGAGGAAGAUCCUGCAGACCUUCCCCGACAUGCACAAUUCCAACAUCAGCAAGAUCCUGGGCUCUCGCUGGAAGUCCAUGACCAACCAGGAGAAGCAGCCAUACUACGAGGAACAGGCCCAUCUCAGUAAGAUCCACCUGGAGAAGUACCCCAACUACAAGUACAAGCCCCGGCCCAAGAGGACCUGCAUCAUCGACGGCAAGAAGCUACGCAUUGGCGAGUACAAGCAGAUGAUGCGCUCGCGGCGUCAGGAGAUGAGGCAGUUCUUCAGUGUGGGGCCACAGCCUCAGAUCCCCAUCAGCAACAGUGCCGGCGGCCUCUACCCGGCUGCCAUCGCCAUAGCGACAGCCACGCCCUCACCGCACCUGACGUCGGACUGCUCCAGCGCCUCGGCCAGCCCCGAGCCCGCCAUCCCCGCCACCCAGAGCACGUUCGGCGUGGUCAAGCCCAAGCCGGUCGCCAUGGUGACCGGCGAUCACCCGGUCAUCGGAGAGGACGAGAUAGACAUGUAUGAAGACUUUGAGGACAAAUCGGACUACAGCAGUGGCCAUGAGGCACGGGAGCCUGUCGGCGCCAACUGAGCAUGCUCAGAAGAACCUCUGAUCUUUUUUGGAACUUUUUUUUUUUUAAAGCGGGACAAUAUGACAGAGACAGAGUUCUGAGCAGAACAACUUUUCAACAGUACGACGGGAGCUGAGCAUGUGCUCGAAGCAGCUCCGUCCGGGAUACGAUGCACCACAGACUGAGCAUGCUCAGAUUGACUCUCGACAGGAAGUGACAUAAACUAAACAUGCUCAGAUCUCACAGAGCACGUUGCUCAACAAAUACCUUUUUAGACGAGAGUGCUUCUUUUUAGCAUGCGCAAACGUCUCGGAAACAAUCCCAUACAGAGGGAUUGGGCAAAGACAACCUCCAGACAACCUCCAGACAAUCUACCAGAAAGACAGUGAACAUACUCACACGGCAAUUACAAUGCAACAUGGACAAGAGCAAGUAAGAGUCAGUAAGAGGUCGAUGAGAAGAGAAUGAGAUUAAAGAACAAAGAGAUAGCCUACACAUUUCCCGCGUGUGUAUUUUUUUCAAUAGGAGCAUGCAUGGAUUUGACUAAAACAUCAGGAAUUGGUCUUCGACAGCGGUCAGUCUUAAAUGUUUAUUUUAAGUGUGAUGAUGUUUUUUUGUUGUGUUUUCAAAUUUGAUUUCCAUGGACAUGUUCCUUGAUUGGUUAAAACCUUGGAUUGUCAGGACAUGUUCCUUGAUUGGUUAAAACCUUGGAUUGUCAGGACAUGUUCCUUGAUUGGUUAAAACCUUGGAUUGUCAGGACAUGUUCCUUGAUAGGUUACUUGCCUGUAAAACCUUGGAUUGUCAGGACUUGAAAAUGUGAAAGGUAAUGUAAAAUCCUUAGCUCUUGUAGUUUGAUUAUUUCUCAUGAGUACAGUACCCCUACACCUUUCUCGAAAAAUGCCUACAAUAUGUUACAUUACUGUUUAUGAUGGGGUUUUAUAUCCUUGCUCAGGUAUGCUGUGUCAGCUUGUGAAUGUGUUUGUGAUUUCAUAUGAGAGAAUGGUAGGACUUUUCAGACUGACAACGAAACAGGGAAGAAAAAAAAUCCCUUUUAUUAUUAUUAUUAAUAUUAUUAUUAUAUAUUUUUUAAUUUUUAGAUAUUGUACAGUUUUUCUUGAAAUGUGCCAAACCUACAUUCACAUCCCUCUAAAAUAUUCUAGUCUUAAUUUUGAUGCUGCAAAAUGUCUUAUAAUUUUUUUUUUAUUGCUGAUGUGUCCAUAUUAGGAAGAAUCUCCCUGACCCCCCCUCCCCCUCAGACCAUGGCCCAGCGCUCUAGGACACCUUGUGGUGCGCUACAGGGUCAUGUUGAUUAGGUACCAAAUGACGUUUUCCUUUGCACAACCCAGUAAACAACCCCUCACUCAUCGCCAAACGCAAUGCCUCAGGAUUCCUCAGGAUCUGUCAUCUCUGGCACCACCUCUGGCAAUGACACAGACCAGUAGAGAGAUUCAUCGUAGAGAGUAUCAAUCUGGGGAUGUUUAGCCCCAAGUACCAUCCCCUCUCUUUUCUUAGCCCACAUCUUCUACGGGAUGUUAAAGGGGUCGUUCAUGAUUUUACAACGAAGGUUUGUAUUGGCUGUUUAUAGAAAACCUUAACCAUGUUUUACAUGUUUACUCUGGCCCAUAGACUAUGUUCAAGGUGAGGAACCAUCUAACAUCAAGUUGUAAAAUCCUGAACGUCCACUUUAAUUCACCCAUAAUGCAUAGAGGCCAAAAAUGAUCAAAUGAGUUGUUUUGGUACACUGUUACAGUACAUUGACUUUCAGCUUGAGUGGCUUUUUAGGUUGGACUUUUUCCUGGCUCAAGUUUGUGUGUAGAGUUUGUGAGUAUAACAUGUGUUAUACAGACUCAGCAAAUGUUGUUAAUGACACAGUACAUCUUAAUAGGCACAAUAAGUCUUAAAGUUAGACUCUUAGUUCUAUGGUCAUUCCGAAUGACAGGAAAACGCAGAGGAGCGGUCCAGACAGUCAUUUCGAUAGUAGGGACACCAUAUAUUUAGGGGUUUAAAAUGUACAUUUUCUUUACUUGCGUUAUACCGAGGUACAGAAGAUCAGAUUUUGUUUCUGUGAAUUGAUAAGUUUACAAUGUUGACGUCAAGAGGUGGUUAUCAAAAUACAGACCAAUGUUUUUUUGUCAAAUUGGUACGUUGUCAAAAAAACUCAAACGUGGGUCAAUAUAACCUCGAGCAUUUCAAAAGGUACAUGUAUAUUUUGAAACGGAUAUUUAAAGUCAAUUUAAAACGUACCCAUAAAAGUCCUAUUUUCAGAAUCCUCCACUUUGCAAAUAUGUCUACUUUUACAAGCUCUAUUUUAGGGUUUGUGUUACUCUGUUUGCUGGUUGAUUUGUAUGUGAUUUGUAACUCUUUAUGACCAUGUUGAACGACAUUUUUGCAGGUUGGUAGAAGAAGAAAAAACACGUUUUUUGGGGGGGAUUGAAGUUUGAUCGAACUUGCAUUACCACAAAAAGGAGAGUUAUACCGCUUGCCUCGUGCGUAGAUAUUGUUCCCAGUGUUCUAAGCAUCACACGCACUGGAUAUGAAUGUUCUCUUCUCAGCCUAAUGUGAAGUUGUCGUUUAAAAAAAACGACAAAAUUCUGACAAACGAAAAAAGUCACCUGUUUUGACUUGAGAGGAAAACCUCACAUUUCCAGUUUAGUAGCAUUUAAAAAAAUAUAUAUUUAUGCAGAAGUCAUUGUUUUAACUCCAGUGCUGCCUGAGGUGCUUUGCCCUUUUGACACAAGUCCAAAGGUCACUCAGACCACCGGUCUGUUUCGACCUACAGAAGCAGACGUCAUUUUUUUAACAUUUCAUUGUAUUUAUUAGCUGGUGUAAAAGUGUCAGUACAACUUUGUGAGAAAGACAAUCAGAGAAAGAAAUAAAGACAGAUUUCCUUACAAAUUCA